GCAUGCGCACCUGCUCCUCCUCUUCUCCUCUCCUCUCCUUCUGCCUCCUCUCCUAUGACUGACCGUUAGUGACCUCAGUUUCUGCAGCAGCACUCAACUUGGGACGGGCUCGCACCUACACGGGAAACGCCGCACGAGGAGGGGAGAUGGCCGGUAUUUUCGGGAAGAUAUUCGUGGGAAUAUACGUGGAGAUAAAACGGAGCGACGGUACGUAGCUAGCACUCUCCACACACGCAGAAACACGCACACACAGACAGUAGUGUACGAAGACACCGCUCCGGUCUGGAUGAGAGGAGCUAACGUCUACCGUUGACCACCGCAGCAGCAGCAGCAGCAGCAGCAGCAGUUAGCCAACCGGCUACAUCGUCGUUUAAAUAUGAGAUAUCGAGGGAAAAAUCUCUCGAGUAAAGUGUUAUCACCUUAAAAUCGAGAAUAAUCGUCUUUAUCAGUGAUAGUGUCAGUCAUUCAGACAUACUCGGAACUAGCCGGGAGGAGGGAGCGGACAGGCAGCCAGGCAGGCAAGCGGGCGGGUCCGUCCACCUGUGCAUCCUCCCGGCUUUCUAAGAUGACAGCUGCCCUUCCUCCUCUCCCUUUCUCUCUGCCCGCUCCCUCCUCUGCAUCAUGGCUGAAAACCCCUCCAGUCAAAGCUCCUGAAUGCACCAUCCUCCACUGCAUCAUCCAGCAGUGGCCUGUGAAUCAUGGGGCUGGAGGAUGAUCUGCAUGCAUGGGGCCUCUCCCCUCUUACUGCAUCCAUCUCUGUGACACUAUAAUACCCCAAUCUAUCACAAAAUGUCUGUAUUUGAUCACAUUUAAUGUGUGCUAAUCACGUAGUAAUCAGCAUGGAAAUGCAGCUUAGUGAAAGUUUGGUGUGACAAAGUGAGAAGUCUUAUCAUCAUCCAUCAUGAGCCACACCCAUUAGCAUCCAGUGUCCUUAUUUUAUUCUCAACUGUAGAAAUCUCACAUGUUAGAUUAUUGAAAAAGUCCUUUGCUCUGUCAAAUGAUCUGGAAAUGAUCUGCUCAGUUGGAGAUAUAUUUGGCUAAUGGCUCAUUAGAUGUGUUAAUGCCUGUCUCUGUGAUUUACAGCAGCAUGUAGACUCUAUAACUCUUGAAUGAGCACUUGAGCAGGCCGAGCAUCUCUCUGGCAUCCUCUCUCUACAGGACGGAUACACCAGGCCAUGGUCACAUCGCUGCAUGAGGACAAUGAGAGUGUGACAGUGGAGUGGAUUGAGAAUGGAGACACAAAAGGGAAAGAGGUAAUAGCCAGGCUCAAUUUCUGCCACUUUGGCACUCAUUGAUCAGGCUUAUGAAUUUUUUUCACCCACUUGGUGUGGGAAAUUGUAUUAAAAUUAUCUUUCAAUUAAAGAUGUGACUUAACUUUUCUGCCAUUAACAUCUAAUGGACAAUGGUGAUCUAUAGAGGCUGCUAAAAUAUAUACAUUUAACCACUAAAAUAUGAGAUGGCUGUUAAAAAUCACAGUCCUCUUCUAAACAUAUAAACCAAGGUUCAGGUCAUACAGUACAAAAAGUUCUCUACUCUUAACUGUAUUCUUAUUCGUACAAGUAUAGCCAAAUAUGAAGCAGAACCUCUGAGUUUUGGUGUCACACCCGUUCUGUAUAUCCAGAUUCUUUUAUCACAGAAAUCAAAAUAAAGACUUAUUAAGAUUAAAGUUGAUGAUGCGCUCUGUCUUGUUUUUUACCUCAGAUUGAUCUAGAGAGCGUCUUUGCUUUGAAUCCAGAUGUGGCUCCAGAAGAAGACAUCCCUCCGAGUCCUGAAGCUCCCCUUCCUCCUUCCAGUGUUGCCAAAACCAGCAAACUGCCCAAGGUCUGCUGUCACAAUCAGUUUACAAUUGCAUCUCUAGUUGUGAUAGGAGGUCAUUGAAAGAGAAAAUUGAUAGGUAACGACUUGCAGGGUCUGUUUGAAACUGACUAAAUUUAACUUGUGCAAAACGUUAUAAUAUCUAUGUCAGGAACUUGAUUAUAAGAUCAGCUGUUCCCAGGCUCUUACAGGAGACCUGUGAAGUCAGUUUCCUUUAAACUCAGCAUCUGUUCUUGGUUUGUUUACUAUCUUUAUGUCGUCGCUCUUUCCAGACUAGAAGAAUCACAUCGAUACCCAAGACUGAGAACGCUCCGAGGGAAAACAGAGGUAUGUUUGAGUUAGAUCUGAUGUUUGUGUAUCCUGACACUGGUUUCUGCUUCAGUAUCACCCGUGUGGUGAACACACAGACCUCACAAUUGAUGAUCAGGGCAGAUGUUGCAGUGCUGACUUCUGUUUUUCCCAAGGAGAACCGAAGCAGAAAAACAGCUUUGUUCAGCUUCACUGUGUGUUUUUCCUUUUUUGCCUUCAAAACCAAAUAUUUUCAAUGGAUGAUCCACGGUGCAGUCAGGGUUAAAAAUACAGACUUUAAGCAAGAAAGUUCUUGCUAUAAGAGAAGUAAAUGCUUAAGGGGUCAUGUAAAGGUCACAUAUGUAUCUCUUCACGAUAUGACAACAGGUUCAAAAGCUGAUACCUCAAUAGAUCAGACUAAAGCUGUAGGCUGGACUAAUAAUGAGUCUGUUGGUUUUAUAAAUUAGCUGAAAUGCCCUUUAACUCUCAUAAACUGAUGACUAUGUUGGCCUGUGUUUUCCUCAGCUGCAGCAGUGGGAACCACCCGAGCUCGUCCCAGCCAGCACAGCCAAGCUGCAGAGCCCCCACCACCUGCCAUCCCCCCUCAGUCUGCUGCCGUCAACCAGUCCCUGAUCCAGCAGCAGAACGGUAACGACCCGCACUUUUAAACCUGAUUCAUGCAUGACACUUAAAGGGUCAAUUAAGUCCACAGAUUUCAGUAAUCUUUGAGGUAGUUUCCAAAGACUUAAGUGUGUGUUUAAGUGUGUGUGUGUUUGUGUGUUUCUGAGAGUGGUAAGCAGCAGUGAUGUCAUGGUCCCGCACAGCUGUGAGUGUGAGGCCUCAAAGGCUCUUUCACAGUCGCUCACUGGCUUUGCUUCUUAACUCAUACUGCAGCGCUUGUUUUAGUUUUCAGCUGCGCAUGUUGGAUUUAUUAGAAACAUUUACAACUGUGGACCUAAAAUCAAACUUUUAGAUUUAAAACUCAGAUGUUUAUAUGUUUUUCCUCCUUUUCUUUAACAAUAUACAGCGAAAAAGACAAAAAAAACUUGAAUUGACCCUCCUCAGAGUCUGUGUUUUUCCAUCUACAAUCUUCAUUGUUGUUUCGAAACACCUCAAACCAACAGUGUUAGAGUGUGACAGCCAAAUUAAAGUAAAACCAGACAUAACUGUAAAAAAUACUCUGCUACUCAUAACUUCUGCAUGAUAAAGUAUGUUUAUAAAUCAGAACCAACUCAAAGAAGAAAAGUACAAAUAUUCUCAGUCUUGCUCUCUUCUGAGUUAAACUUGUGUUCGAAAAAAUAAGGUGGUUUUGAAUUUGUAAAUGCCGAUUAGUUAUCAUCCUGAUCGGUGGAGUAAUCAUAGGUAAUGUCUCUACUUUGGUCAAGUUAAAUGGAUAACAAGGGUCAAAAGUGUAUUAGUUAAAAAUUCACUAUAUUUGCAUGUCAAGGUUUUACCAGCACGCAGCCUUUUUCUAAAAAUGACAAUAAAAAAGCUCAGUGUGGUAACGUGUCUUCAAGUUUUACUCAAUCAAGUAAGCCCCAAAAUUUUGUGAUUCUUGUCUUUAGUUCUGUCAGAGAAUUAACACUAUGUUGUAACACAGAGACCCUGAUGCUGUCUCAGAGGAAUAACAGAAAAAUAAUAGCCUUGUCCUGAAAAAUAUUUAGUUUCUGAUCAUAUUUAAAUAUUUUUAUUUGUUUUUUCAGCUCGGAGAAAAUCAAACUGUGUGAAGGAGGUGGAGAAACUGCAGGAGAAACGAGAGAAGAGACGACUUCAGCAACAGGAGCUCAGAGAGAAGAGGGCACAAGUAAAGACACAGUGAACACAUAUAUAUACACUCACCGGCCACUUUAUUAGGUAUACCUGUCCAACUGCUUGUUAACACUUAAUUUCUAAUCAGCCAAUCACAUGGCGGCAACUUAGUGCAUUUAGGCAUGUAGACAUGGUCAAGACAAUCUCCUGCAGUUCAAACCGAGCAUCAGUAUGGGGAAGAAAGGUGAUUUGAGUGACUUUGAACGUGGCAUGGUUGUUGGUGCCAGAAGGGCUGGUCUGAGUAUUUCAGAAACUGCUGAUCUACUGGGAUUUUCACGCACAACCAUCUCUAGGGUUUACAGAGAAUGGUCCGAAAAAGAAAAAAUAUCCAGUGAGCGGCAGUUCUGUGGGCGGAAAUGCCUUGUUGAUGCUAGAGGUCAGAGGAGAAUGGCCAGACUGGUUCGAGCUGAUAGAAAGGCAACAGUGACUCAAAUAACCACCCGUUACAACCAAGGUAGGCAGAAGAGCAUCUCUGAACGCACAGUACGUCGAACUUUGAGGCAGAUGGGCUACAGCAGCAGAAGACCACACCGGGUGCCACUCCUUUCAGCUAAGAACAGGAAACUGAGGCUACAAUUUGCACAAGCUCAUCGAAAUUGGACAAUAGAAGAUUGGAAAAACGUUGCCUGGUCUGAUGAGUCUCGAUUUCUGCUGCGACAUUCGGAUGGUAGGGUCAGAAUUUGGCGUCAACAACAUGAAAGCAUGGAUCCAUCCUGCCUUGUAUCAACGGUUCAGGCUGGUGGUGGUGGUGUCAUGGUGUGGGGAAUAUUUUCUUGGCACUCUUUGGGCCCCUUGGUACCAAUUAAGCAUCGUUGCAACGCCACAGCCUACCUGAGUAUUGUUGCUGACCAUGUCCAUCCCUUUAUGACCACAAUGUACCCAACUUCUGAUGGCUACUUUCAGCAGGAUAAUGCGCCAUGUCAUAAAGCUGGAAUCAUCUCAGACUGGUUUCUUGAACAUGACAAUGAGUUCACUGUACUCAAAUGGCCUCCACAGUCACCAGAUCUCAAUCCAAUAGAGCAUCUUUGGGAUGUGGUGGAACGGGAGAUUCGCAUCAUGGAUGUGCAGCCGACAAAUCUGCGGCAACUGUGUGAUGCCAUCAUGUCAAUAUGGACCAAGCUCUCUGAGGAAUGCUUCCAGCACCUUGUUGAAUCUAUGCCACGAAGAAUUGAGGCAGUUCUGAAGGCAAAAGGGGGUCCAACCCGUUACUAGCAUGGUGUACCUAAUAAAGUGGCCGGUGAGUGUAUAUUAUACAUUAUACCGUGGUGGCAAAGCUGGAGUUUAUGUUAAAGUUUGAUGUGCUUAAGUUGACUAAAUGUGUCUCAAAUGCCUGGAAAAGAAGACGUGAGUCUCUUUUAAAAGUGUUCAACUACUUUCACUGUUCUGUCACAUUAAGUAGUCCUACUUUGAACUCAAACCCUGGAUCAUGUUCAUUUUAUGGUGCCACACAUGGGUAUAAGAGCACAUGUAUGACUUUAAGCCUCACACAGAAACAGCAUAUUUUAAAGGGACCUAGUGUUGCUAUUUUUGGCUGGUUCACUGAUGCUUAAUAAUGGAUGAAUUUUGAAAAAAUAUUACUCCACCCCGCUCUUGGAGUGAAUCCAGGUCAUGUGCAGGAUCAUUUCAGACUAAACAACACAUUUUAGAAUACCUCCGGCUGAAAAUUAUCAUUUAUUUGCUGUGAAAUAAAAGCAUUUACUCCUCUCUGUUUUUGGGGUAAAUUUCUUGUAACAGUUUUCUCUUUUGCUGUUUUUUUAAGGAGGUGGAUGUCAACUUACCAAACUACGAAAUCAUGUGUAUGAUCAGAGACUUCAGAGCCAGUCUGGACUACAGGCCUUUAACCAGUAACGAUCUGGUGAGUGGGGCUCAUUAUUAAAGCUACAUCUUCAUUUGUAUUUUAAUUUUUUGUCUCCUCUGACCUGGAUUUGCAGCAGAAAAGCUUUUAGGACACUCGGUUUCAUGCUGUUACACUUCAGAGGACUAAUGCUAUAAAUUAUACAUUAAAAGCAAAUUGCAGAAACAUGAGUGAGAUCCAUUUAAAUGCUGUUGAUAUUUAUAGCAGAACUUUAUUAAUCUGUUAAGAGGCAUCAACUAAAAAAGCUCUUACAUCAUGUUAGAGUGUUUGCCCCUGAGUUUUAGCCCCUCAAAUCCUACUGGUUAGUGCGAAUUCCUGCUCUGCAGCUGGACUUUGUUCAAUCACACCAAAGCUCACAUCACAAAUCUCCAAAUAUGUUACAUCUGUGGGGCUGAAUUCUGGGGAUAUGUUGAUCAAAUGAUGCACAAAAACAUCAUCAAGGACAUUGAGUGUGGAAUAAUAAUCUUAAUUAAGGUACUGUAGAGCAUUGAUGGAUUUCACAGUGUGGGUUAUGUUUAUUUUACACCCUCUAACUAUCUAAGGGGGAAUAAAAGGAGGAAUUUUGCAUGUUUUACUUCUCUGUGUCUUACAAACCGAUCAUACAGCUCAUGAAAACAUGUCUGCUGUUGUUUCAGAUUGAGGAACACAGGAUAUGUGUGUGUGUGCGUGCACGUCCCCUUAAUAAAAAAGGUAAGAGGAGUUUUGUUCAGUAGGUGUGACUCAAAACUAAGAGUUAAGCAUCUUUGUCUUGUGUCGUUUGCAAAAGUUUGAUGAGUUUGUGUUUAUUUCAAAGUAUAUAUGAGGUUUCUGUGAAAGAAGUCUGGCAGCAAAGAAUGGAAAUACUCCAGUAGUUAAAAUACAACAUUUAAUAAAAGUACAAAUACUGCUGAAAUUCAUCUCAUCUUAACUGAUUAUGUUUGUGCCGCUCAGCUGUCUGAACACGCUGCUGUUUUUUUUUUUUUGUGUGGACAUAACCCAGAAAAUAAAUCUUUUUGUUCUGGUCUCCUCAGAAAUGACAGCGAAGGACCUGGAUGUGAUCACUAUUCCCAGUAAGGACGUCGUGAUGGUUCAUGAGCCGAAGCAGAAAGUCGACCUGACGCGCUACUUGGAGAAUCAAACUUUCCGAUUCGACUACGCCUUCGAUGAGAAUUCCACCAACGAGAUGGUUUACAGGUGACGUGAAUGUCAAUGCAAUCUCUGCACAGUUAUUUAUAAAUCUAUACAUCAGAUAGUGGACCCUUUAAAGUGCCACUGUCUUCAUAUGUUUGGUUUGGACUCCUCUCCUCUCAGGUUCACUGCUCAGCCUUUAGUCGAGACCAUUUUUGAGCGAGGGAUGGCGACCUGCUUUGCGUACGGACAAACUGGAAGUGGAAAAACACAUGUGAGUGUCUUAGUUUGAGCUCAAGAGGACUCCUUCUUUCAAUCUGAUCUUUUUAUGACCAACAUCUUCUUUUUAGACGAUGGGAGGAGACUUUUCUGGAAAGAACCAGGACUGCUCCAAAGGGAUCUAUGCACUGUCGGGUUAGUUCUUCUUACUAAUCUCUCCAUUUAAUACCGAUAAAGUCUGCUUGAUUUAAUUCAAAGUCUUUUUUUUCCUUUUGUGCAGCCAGAGACGUUUUUCUCAUGAUAAAGAAACCAAACUACAAGAAGCUGGACCUUCAGAUUUUUGCCACAUUUUUUGAGAUUUACAGCGGGAAGGCAAGUUUCUGAACAUUCAUGACAUCCAGGUAGUCACAGAGGUUGAAUUUGCGAACAGAGUUGUAUGAGAUUUUAGAUAUACUUUCAUUUAGCAUCAUAUUUUUAGUAUAGUGUAACAAAAACACCUACAUCUUAUGGUCCUUUCAAAUGUUAAUUGGUAAAUUGAAAAGCCCUCUAGUGGAAGGAAUGAUUAUUUAUCACCCUUUAAUAGAAGUGAGGCUCAGUUCUUUCAUUUAAAGAGUGAACUCUGGACAUGAAAGAUAAUAAUAAAUGGAAAUAAAGAAUUGAUUUGUGAGGUUGUGUUUGCAUUUAAAGGUAUUUGACCUUCUAAACCGCAAAGCCAAGUUACGGGUGCUGGAGGAUGGGAAGCAGCAGGUUCAGGUGGUCGGGCUGCAGGAGAGGGAGGUGAAGUGCACAGAGGACGUCCUCAAACUCAUUGAAGUUGGAAACAGCUGCAGGUUAAUACCUAAAUAUUCAGAUCCUCUUACUGUAGUUGAGCACAAAUACCACACUGUAGAGUAGAAGUAUACUUUCCAUGAUAUCACUGAAUGUAACAGCUUAAAUUCCACAGCUGUACAGGAGGAGAUUAUAGCUCCAGUUAACAUUGAUCGUUUGAGGAAAGUCUGAUGUAAUAAAUAUUGAUCAGAGAAGUUUGGACUUGAUGUCUUUUUCUUUAGGACUUCUGGUCAGACCUCAGCGAACGCUCACUCUUCUCGGAGCCAUGCCGUCUUUCAGAUCAUCCUGCGCCGACGGGGGAAGAUGCACGGAAAGUUCUCCCUUAUUGACCUGGCGGGGAACGAGCGAGGAGCAGACACAUCGAGCGCUGACCGUCAGACUCGCCUGGAAGGAGCUGAGAUCAACAAGAGUCUGCUGGCACUCAAGGUCUCCGCCUGAAUACACUAUUUAUCAUGUACAUCAGGGAUCGAACCACAAAUGAGGAACGCUUUUUCCAGCUGUACAGUCUCAGUGACUGAUAAGGAUUCUUAUUGAGUUAGUUUAGUUCAAUACAAUCAAGAUAAACGGGAUUAGGAAAGUUUUUUUGAAAGUUAACAUCAAGUAGGUUAGAGAUUUCUCUCAGUAAGAACCAGAAGCACUUAAAAAAAGCUGAACUUCAGACAGCAAGUCAAUAAAAUGUAGGACAAGUAGCACAACACAUUCAUGGUGGAUUUUACCGCUCUGAGUUGUAUUUUUCAAGUAGUGGUCAGAGUAAAAACAUGUUUUCAGUUCAAACACGCCCUUAUUUAGUUGAAACUGUUUGAGUCUUGACAUUGAAUCUCCCCUCAGGGAUAAAUAAAGUUCUUCUUCUCUUAUUGAUUUCUGUUUUUAAGGAGUGUAUUCGAGCUCUGGGCAGAAACAAACCUCACACCCCCUUCAGAGCCAGCAAGCUAACCCAAGUGCUGAGAGACUCCUUCAUCGGGGAAAACUCCAGAACAUGCAUGGUGAGACAGAGGCAGGGCUGUCUAUAUAAACUCCACCACCUGUGGGAAUAUACUGACCGCAAAGUUAAUACCCAUCUCUCCUCUGUGUUUCCUCACAGAUUGCAACCAUCUCUCCUGGGAUGGCUUCAUGUGAAAACACCCUAAACACACUGAGAUAUGCCAACAGGUAAAACACCUGAUCCUGAACUUUCUUGAGUCUCUGUCUUCUCCCUCCUAUGAGUAGACUUUGACCCUCUAAUGAUCCUUUCCCUUCUUCUUCUUCUUCUUCUUCUUCUUCUUCUGUGACUUUUGCAUCUCUUUCUCAUGUUUCCAGAGUGAAGGAGUUUGGGAUAAGUCCCUCAGAUAUCCCCUUCUCUCAGGGCGGGGGUGGAGGAGGUCGCUCUGAACUCUCUCCUACUUAUGAGUAUGAUCACUUUACACACGUCUGUUUACUCCACCAUCCUUUACUUUUGGUUUUCAACCUCCUCUUACUAUAUCCAGACCUGAUUUCCUUAAAUUCUGUUCAUUAUUUAUAAGACACCCCAGCAGUUACUUACUGAGCUGCUCUCAUGUCUGUUCAGGGUGAAGGAGCUGACGGUGGACCCUGCAGCAGCAAUGGACAUCCGUCAGGGACACAUGAACCAGCUGGAGGUGCUGGAGGCUCAGUGGGGAGUCGGAAGUUCUCCUCAGAGGGACGACCUGAAGCUGCUCUGUGAACAGAAUGUAAGACUUAUUUAGAAAGUGUGACCCUUUAUCUGAGCCCCUGAUAAAAACUAACUCGUACAUGUUCUCUGCAGGAGGAAGAGGUCUCCCCACAGCUCUUCACUUUCCAUGAAGCCGUCUCUCAGCUGGUGGAGAUGGAGGAGCAGGUUCUGGAGGACCACAGGGCCGUGUUUCAGGUACACUCACGUCAUAAGUUGUGGGUGCUGUCUGAACAGACAGAAACAUGGAGGUCUCAUAUCUCUGAUAUCUUGGUUCACUGAACUGAUUAAAUAAAAACAUAUACAUGUCCAAUGGUUUCUUAACAGGAGUCGAUCCGCUGGCUGGAAGACGAGAAAGUCCUCCUAGAAAUGACAGAGGAGGUGGACUAUGACGUUGAGUCUUUUGCAACUCAGCUUGAACAAAUCCUGGACCAAAAGAUCGACAUUCUCACAGAACUCAGAGGUAACUCCAGUUCAUGUGUAAAAAUAAAGAAAGAAUCAGAAAACAUUACUCUGCACAACAUAAUUCAUGAAUAAUUGAUUUUUUGUGAUGGCUGAUGUUAGCCUGGAGUUGCCUUUACUGACCCCACUAACUACUAUCUUGUGCGGCCUGCAAUAGAACAAAUCUGUUGUUGUCAAUAGUUUAACUUUUUUGACCUACGACUUUCUCCUCUCUUAUCAGCUGGUGCCAAAUAUGUAAAUCAUGUGUUGCUUUCUCUUGAAGUCAUGUUGAGUCUGAUUUAGUCUGUGAAGAUCAUUUAAGAAAUAUUAAAUCUCUCUCAAUUACACAAAGGUAACACUCAAACAGAUGUUGAAUAACCUGGUUUUGUCGUGUAUCUUUGUCCUGACAUUUCAGAUUUUUAACCUGUGUCUUUUUUUUUCUUCCAGAUAAAGUCAAAAGUUUCCGCUCUGCACUGCAGGAGGAAGAGCAAGCUAGCCAACAGAUAACCCCCAAAAGGCCUCGUGCUCUAUAGACACACACAGACAUCUGAUAUUUCCCUGUAAUAUUGACUCGAGAAAGGUCACUGAUGACGACAGAGCUAAUUCAGCUCAGCUGUGAUUUUAUGACUUACUGUCUUCUCUGUUCGUUUUGGUCUCUCCUCCACCUCCUCUUUACUGUACAGGCUGCCAACGCUUCCCAUCAUGCAUCCGUCCACCCGACAAACCAAAGAGCAGACUGUCUUUGCUCUUCAUCCUCCUGUGAAGUCUAUUUGCAAGGUUUUGUAUGUGUGAUGAGUCACAAGUGCUUCAUUUGAAACAAAAAAAGUGAAUAUUUAUUUGUUUUAAAAACAUUUUUAUAGAGUUGAAUCAUAUCUUAUCCUCACUUUGGCCAAUUUUAUAAACAACUUUUGCCCUUUUGUGCAAUAUUUGAAGGAUUAUCUUCCUGUUACUCUCCUUGUUUCAGCUCAGGGGUGAACAGGACAUAUCAAGUUUGUGUGUAAAAUAAGCCACUGUGUGUUUUUGUUGAUACUGUAUGUAAUAUAAUGUAUGUUUGAUUGAGGGAGGGAGGGUUAAAACUCAACACUAACCAUGCAUUACAUAAAUUGACCUGAAGGGGGCACAAUAAUCAAAGGUAAAGCAACUCAUUUCAGGGUGUUCAAUACACCAAUUACAAAAACUGUCAUUCAUUUGCCAAAAUAAAGUAAAGAUACUUCUUGUU